AUGUUUGCAUUCACUUCUAUGGGAGGAAAAGUUGACACGUCAAUCAACAAAGGGCGUGGACCUCCUGUUUUCCGAUUAUUAGGUCAGAAUUACCACAUGAUUGGAAGUUUACUCCCUCUAGAUGACUCACGACCCAAAUUCCAACAGCUUUACAUAUUUGAUACGGUCAAUGAAAAUGCAAACAAAAUCGCAGCAUUCAGUUCAAAAAGAACGACACCAACUUCUGAUAUAAAAAUACUCAGGGAUGAUAUUGUGGAAGAAAUCAAAAUUAUGCUAAACGAGUCCAACCCAUACGCAAAGAUCCUUCAGACAGCAAAGGAACGGUUCAGAGAUUCGUUAGAAUCUAUGAAUGUCAAACUGAGAUUGAUUUCAGGACGUUCCACAGAUCCUAAUACAUAUAAUAUGCCCCCUUCCUCAGAAGUUGCUGCACUUUUGGUUGGAGAUAUUGAUGAAGAGUUUGAGGAGAGAGACAUUGUGGUGGAAACAAAAAACAACUACAACAAUAUUUCAGAUUUUGCUUCUACUGGAAAUAAAGAUUCAUCCAUGUGCGGAAGAAAGGUUGUCUUGCCUUCAACUUUUGUGGGAGGUCCAAGAUACAUGCAUGAAAAGUAUAUGGAUGCAAUGGCCGUUUGCUCACAUUUUGGCUAUCCAGAUUUAUUCAUAACCUUCACUUGCAAUCCUAAAUGGCCUGAGAUUACAAGGUAUCGGGGAUCAAAGCUUCCUACCACAGAUGACAUAGACAAGUUUAUAUGUGCUGAAAUUCCAGAUCAAGCAUCUAAUCCAACAUUAUAUGAUAUAGUUAGAGAUAUAAUGGUUCAUGGUCCCUGUGGGUUAGCAAAUCCAAACUCGCCAGGUAUGGUGAAAGGAAAAUGUACCAAGCGAUUUCCUAAAGAUUUUUCCCCUCAUACUUCCAUUAAUAAAGAAGGAUUCCCAGUUUACAGAAGAGGAGAUGAUGGAAAAUCAAUGAAGAAAAACGGGAUUGAGAUUGAUAACAGGUACAUCAUUCCUUAUAACCCACAACUACUCCUCAAAUAUCAAGCUCAUAUCAAUGUGGAAUGGUGCAAUCAAUCAAGAGCCAUCAAGUAUUUGUUCAAAUACAUCAACAAAGGAAAUGACCGAGUCACUGUAAAACUACUGCAAGAGUCAGCAAAUGGAGGAAAUUCUGAAAAUACUUCUCAAAAUAUAGUAGAUGAAAUCAAGCGUUUCAUUGAUUGUCGGUAUAUAUCACCAUGUGAAGGAAUGUGGAGAAUAUUGGGGUUUGAGCUACCUUACAGUAGCACAUCUAUUCAAAGGUUGUCUUUCCAUCUACCUGGAGAACAUAAUGUCACCUAUGAUGACGAGGAAGAUAUUGAUGAUGUAUUGACAAAAGAGAAAAAUCAAACGUCACAAUUUUUGGAGUUUAUGAAAAUGUGUAGUCAAAAUUCUGAUGCAAAGGAAUUGACUUACAUUCAGUUCCCCUACUUUUUUGUAUGGAACAAGUCGAAACCAGAAUGGACUCCACGUCAACGAAGUUCAGCUGUUGGUAGAAUCCAUCCUACUUCACCAUCCGCCGGUCAACGAUUCUACUUGAGGAUUCUUUUGAACAAAGUUAAAGGACCAACAUGCUACGAAGAUAUACGUACCGUUGAUGGAAUUACAUAUCCAACCCACAAGGAAGCUUGCUAUGCUUUAGGUUUACUUGAUGAUGAUAAGGAGUACAUUGAAGCCAUCAAGGAAGCAAGUCAAUGGGGGUCAGGUGUUUACUUACGUCGAAUAUUCGUUUAUCUUUUAGCUUCAGAAAGACUAGAAAUGUCAAAUGAUCAGCUAAAGAAUCAAACUUUGUUGGAGAUCGAAAAGCAGUUACGCUCCAGUGGAAAUACUCUCGAAAACUUCUCUUCAAUGCCAUUUCCCACAAACAGCAAUAUUCCUUCUAUGGUCAAUAUAUUGAUAACUGAUGAGCUGUGUUACGACAGAGACGUAUGUGCUCAGGAACAUCAAAGAUUACAGUCUAGAUUGACGUCUGAACAAAGGGAUAUUUAUAAUACUAUCAUGAAAGCUGUCACAACAAAUUCUGGUGGUGUGUUCUUUGUCAAUGGAUUUGGUGGGACAGGGAAGACAUUCCUUUGGAAAACUCUAUCAACAUACAUUCGUUCAGUUGGAGAUAUCGUCUUGAAUGUAGCUUCAAGUGGAAUGGCAGCACUGUUACUAGAUGGAGGACGCACAGCUCAUUCUCGGUUUUCAAUCCCAUUACAGCUGAACGAAUGUUCCACUUGCUCAUUUACCACAAAUAGCGAGAUAGCUGAAUUGUUAUUGAAAGCUAAGUUGAUCAUUUGGGAUGAGGCACCAAUGUUGCACAAACAUUGUUUUGAAGCUCUAGAUAGAAGUUUGAAAAAUGUUUUACGAGCAGCAAAGGCUCCUAACUACAAUAGGCCAUUUGGUGGUAAGACUAUUGUUUUUGGAGGUGACUUUCGCCAAGUGCUCCCAGUAAUUCAUAGGGGUAGCAGGCAAAAAAUUGUGCAAGCUUCUCUCACUUCUUCUGUGCUGUGGAAAUCUUGCAAGGUGCUUAGUUUAACAAAGAAUAUGCGGCUAACUGUUGAUUCAGACCCAGCAGAAGCUGAAUCCAUCAAAGAAUUCUCCGAAUGGAUUCUAAAAUUAGGCGAUGGGAAGUUAUCUGAACCCAAUGAUGGUGAAGCAGUGAUUGAUAUACCAGAUGACAUGCUGCUCAUGGAUUCACUUGAUCCAAUCACGUCAAUCACUAAUGCCACGUAUCCGUCACUGAUAGAGCAUAUGGAGGAUGAGUUUUUUUCAAAGAUCGUGCUAUAUUAUGUCCCACAAAUGAUGUUGUCAAUGAGUGAUAAAAGAGAUGAAGAUGUCACAGUUGAAUUCCUUAACUCGAUUAAGUGUGCAGGAGUGCCCAACCAUGUUCUGAAGCUAAGGAAAGGGGUUCCAGUUAUGCUUCUAAGAAACAUUGACCAGAAAUGUGGUUUGGUCAAUGGAACUAGAUUGCAGGUAACACAACUGGGAACUCAUAUCAUUGAAGCAAAAGUCAUUACUGGUAAUCAUGUGGGGGGUAAGAUCUAUCUGCCAAGAAUGGUCCUUACACCUAUGGAUGCUAGGUUGCCAUUUCAGUUUCAGCGAAGACAAUUUCCGAUUUCUCUCUGCUUUGGAAUGACAAUUAAUAAGAGCCAAGGUCAGAGUUUAUCUCAUGUGGGGAUCUACUUACCAAAACCAGUUUUUGCACAUGGUCAGCUAUAUGUUGCUGUGUCAAGAGCCAAAAGUAGGGGAGGUUUGAAGAUCCUAAUCAUUGACGAAGAAGGCAAGAGAGCAAAGAAAACAACAAAUGUUGUUUUUAAAGAAAUAUUUCAGAAUUUCAGACAAGAGUGA